CAGAAUCAGCUGACAGUGAAGCGGUGAGGGCCGCAGUUGUGGGGAGCGGGACAGUACUGUGUUGAGUGUUUGACGGACGGCGGUCCGUAAGGGCAAUGUACGGCCGUGUUUGGGAGGAUUAAACCGACCACCGGGAGAAGAACCUCUGCCAGAGCCAGGACGCCGCCUCAGCUACCUGCCGGUGUAAUGAAUCGUCGUCGGACCUGCAACCAAACUACCGGUCUAUCAGACGUCACUGCAAUCUAGCCCGGGCCAUAUCCACAGCACCGGAACGGCGAGCUUUCGGACGGCGCCCGACGCACAAUGCGCAUAGUGCUGGACAGUCUGUGGCCGCGGGAGAGGGAGAAGCCUGUCAGUCCUCUCCGUGCUGCCUCCCCGGGCUCGCCAGGCUCUCCUCAAUCAGUGAUGUCCUCAGGACAAAGUGACGGCAGUGGACGGAAGACGCGCUGGCUCACCGCCAUCGCGCGCAACAAGAGCGUGCGUCGCACUUCACAGAGACUCCAGGAGUGGCUGAGCAGCGAGAGUCUGAGUCAGACUGCCGCUCCGACCCAGUCGCCCCCUCCAGUCACCUCCCGAUCGGCCAGAGACACGGGUGACUACGGCUUUCUCGAGUUCUACUCCGGGAGCCGGCGGCGGGCUGCAGCCGGGGACACAGCGCCGCCGCCGCUCCCGCCCCCGCCCCAGCAGCAGUCGGGGCCGACGCUGGCACCGCUGCCCGACCUGUCGACGCUCAGUCGUCGAGGGAGUUACGCCGAGUUUUAUCCGGGUGCUCUGGGAAGCUGCAGCCUGCCGAGGGACCUGGCUGAGGUUGCGGCCGCUGCUGAGGAAGCGGCCCUGGCAGCCAGUCCCCGUUCGAGAGGGGAUGCUCCGACCAGAGCGCUCAGGGCCGGCCGUCAGGACGCAGUGGAGUGGAGAGGACAGGGGCGUGUCUCACAGGUGGAUGAGUGGAGCAUCGGCUCACGUCAGACGCAGCGGGGACGACCGACGCGACUGCAGGGAUCGGAGAGGGACGGUGACGGUCCGCGGCGGUCGGGAAGCAGCACACUGAGGGCGACUCGCUGCGUCUCUGGGUCUGGAUCACAGCCGGCGCGAUCCGACUCUGUCCGAUGGCCGCGCCUGCAGCCGGGAGUGCCAGCGCCAUCCCUCUCCUUCUCCCCUACCAGCUCCCGAUCCGAGUCCUCCUCUCGCUCCCUGAUCCCUCCAGCGCCCCUCCGCCCGCCACCUCCGGUGCCUCUGACUGCACCACUGGAGAGCAGUGCCUUCCCCUCCCUACCAGCACCUCCCCGGCCAGCCAAAGGUCUGUUCCGCUCGAUGAGCAUCUCAGGCCACCUGAACGAUCCCUCGGGCGGUGCGUACUUUGCGCGGAACACCGCCGUGCGCCGGUCUCGCAGUCGUGACGACCUGCGCUCAGGUGUGUGGUCGGACCGGACGGUGUACAUGUACCCUCCGAACGGUUCGUACCGCUCACCCGUGGUACUGGUACCGCGAGCGCCACCGGCCGCCCCGGAGAUCACCCCUCGUCACCGGCCCGUGCGGCGGACAGAGUCCACUAUACAAGAACGGAAGAGUCGCAGUCUGUGUACGCUUCUGGAGGAAAGGAACUUCGCCAGCCCGAGCCCGCUGCCGCCGCCCACCACGGAUGUGGAUAGCAGUCUUUCGCCCAAUUCCAGCUGGGAAGAAACAGCCAGCACCACAAAGACGAGCCUCCGAACGGAAGUGACGCCAUCAAAACCGAAGGCCCCUCAGGUGUACUAUCUGCUGGAUGAUUACCUAACUCCGGUGAGCGGCGACCAGGCCAGCAAGAGCUCCUCCGAGCCGGAGGUUCCGGAUGACACCCGACGCAGCGAGGGGAGCCGGAGCCGACCUCACGUGGCAGCCUUCUCCAGCCCCAGUCCGGACAGCCCGGAACAGUGGCGACGGAGGCCCACCAGACCGGCCACGCCGCCCCUGUCGGCUAUCAGAGGCACCAGCGACCACCCUCCGGCCCCUGCGCCGGCUCCGAGACGCGCCCUGCGGCCACAAGUCUCUCCCGAGCGGCACCUACGGGAGACGCAGCUCCCCGGUGCCGGGCCCCGACAGCGGGAGGUGGAGCGCAUCCGCGCCGCCUACCGGGCGCGGCUCGAACUAGAGCGUGCGCGACCGGCGCCAGUGGGCGCCUCCUGGCACGAGGCCAACCCGCUACCGGCGCCGAGGCGACCUCAGCAGCGUCGCCCUCACCGAGAGGUACCAGAUCGGGCCUGCAGCUGUCAGAGGUGCCAGCAGGCGGCCGGGGACCGUGAGCGUUCCCUGAAGAGACGCUCGUACGCCGACCCGCGCUAUGCCACUCGUCUGGAGAACCGUCGGCACCUCGUGCAGGAGCCUGGAGCGUCGGCCACCCCCGGUCAGCCUUCGGGACCGCGUGCUCAUCAUCACAGAAUCAACGGCCAUGUUCCCUCCGAGCGCUGCAAUGGCGUCCUCGGCUCUGCGGUCCAUCAGAACGGUUCGUCGGCAGCUCCGGGGGGCCGCGAGCCUCCGGAUGGUCCCCUGCGGGAGGCGAGUGAGAGUCCUCCACAGCGAGAGGUGCGCACUGAUCCACACGGUCGGCAGCUGCCCCUCAGCCCGGCAGACGCGGUACAACACUACGGCUCGUACCUGACUGAAUAUGAGCUGGAGGAGAUUGACCAGUACGAGGAGACCUGGUUCCUCGGGCUCGGGGCCAAGAAAGUCGCCGGCGACGAGAACCGACAGCAGAACGCCGGCUUCGACGACGAACACGGCAGCUAUAUAAAGGUGCCUCACGAUCACAUCGCGUACCGGUACGAGAUUCUGGAGGUGAUUGGUCGCGGCAGUUUUGGUCAGGUGAUCCGCGCCUUGGACCACAAGACCAACACCCAGGUGGCCAUCAAGAUUAUCAGGAACAAGAAGCGGUUCCACCAGCAGGCGCUGAUGGAAGUGACAAUCCUGGAUCACUUGAGGCGGCGGGACAAGAAUGGCGACUACAACGUCAUCCACAUGCUCGACUACUUCUACUUCCGCAACCACUUGUGCGUCACCUUCCAGCUCAUGGGGUUGAAUCUUUUUGAGCUCAUCAAGAAGAACAACUACCAGGGCGUGUCGAUGUCGCUUAUCAGGAAGUUCGGCACCUCAAUAGUGCAGUGUCUGCGGUUGUUGUCCAAGGAGGGCAUCAUCCACUGCGACCUGAAGCCGGAGAACGUAUUGCUCAAGUCGCGAGGCUCGUCCAACAUAAAGAUCAUCGACUUCGGCAGCUCGUGCUAUACCCACCAGCGGGUGUACACGUACAUCCAGUCGCGGUUCUACCGGUCACCAGAGGUCAUCCUGGGUCUGCCCUAUGGGACGCCCAUCGACAUGUGGAGCCUCGGCUGUAUUCUAGCCGAACUGCACACUGGCCUGCCGCUGUUUCCCGGUGAAAACGAGGUGGAACAGCUGGCCUGCAUCAUGGAGGUGCUCGAUCUGCCGCCCGAGGAACUCAUCAGACACGCCUCGAGGCGACGGCUCUUCUUUGACUCGCGUGGCACGCCCCGGACACUGACCAACACCAAGGGACGUCGACGCCGGCCCGGCACCAAGCCACUCGCCAACGCUCUGAAGACGGAAGACGCCCUCUUCGAGGACUUUGUCGAAAAGUGUCUCACGUGGGAUCCGGCCCGGCGAAUGACCCCCGAGGAGGCGGUCAGACACCCAUUCCUGGCGGCCGGCCGGGCGGCUCCGCUGCCGCCCCCGCCCCCGCCCGCCAGCUGGAGCGACGAACCAGCCGGCCGCGCCGCCGCCGCCGUCGCCACAGUCGCCGCCGCCGGUCCGGCACGGAGAAGCGCCGCCGCCGCUGCGUCGUCGGGAGGAGGUCGGCAUGUCCUGCGCUCGGAACUGGCUCCGCCGCCAGAGCCGGAUCCCCACGGCACAGGAGCCGCUCUGGAGGCCUGUCUGCCGCCCAUCCACUAGCCGGGGUCUCUGUUUUACCGUGACGUGACUUGAUGCGUGUGUGGACGGCGCGCGGCGGAUUGGGUGACGAGAACAGCCGACUGGGGCAGGCUCUGAGACGGGGUGUAGCCUUGAAAGGCCACCCUGUCACCGGUGGUUCUCUAGAGGGUCUCCUGCUCUCUGAACUCGGUGGAGCACCGCCCGCCCGCCGCCACCCGCUGUUUUAUACACGCCGACGCCGAGCUGAGCGGAGUCCGUCAGCCGUGCUGAACCAAAGAUCAAACCAAAGUUCUAUGGGAGAGGGAGGGGUGAUCCGCCUGCCAGCAGCAGGUUUUGUAAACAAUGUAUGACGGGGCUGCGUGUGACGCCUGGCGGAUGGAUGCCGCCGCGUGGUUGAGACGCGUCGCUGCAAUAAAAAAUGUGAAAUA